AUGCAGACCAAGUCGUUCCUCGCUCUGGCUCUCAGCCUUGCCAUCAAGGCCACCUCUGCCGCUCCCGUCGAGACGUCCCCGUCCAGCCUUCAGGCUCGCGACGUCAUCAACCACGAUGCUGUCGCUACCUUCCCCGAGACUGUCCAGGCCGGUGGCUUCGCCGAUGUGAUCCAAAAGUUCAAGCCCUUCCUCCACAUCGCCCACGGCUGCCAGUCCUACCCCGCCGUCGACGCCGACGGCAACACCAGCGGCGGUCUCCAGGACACCGGCAGCGCCACCGGUGGCUGCCGCGACCAAUCCAAGGGUCAGACCUACGUCAGGGCCAAGACGCGCGGUGACCAGACAGCCAUCAUGUACGCCUGGUACAUGCCCAAGGACAUGCCCACAACCGGCGUCUCCACCGGGUCCCACCGUCACGACUGGGAGAACGUCGUCGUCUUCGUCGACAGCGCCCAGAACCUCGUCAGCGCCGGCGCCUCGGGCCACGGAGAGUACAAGAAGACCACGACCCCUCAGCGCGAGGGUGACCGCCUCAAAGUCGAGUACUUCACCAACUUCCCUACCAACCACGAGCUGCAGUUCACCGACACCCUCGGCAACGACAUCCCCCUCGUCGACUGGGAUGCCAUCCCCCAGGCUUCUCGCGACGGCCUCAGCGCCGCCGACUUUGGCUCCGCCACCGUCCCCUUCAAGGAUGACACCUUCGACGGCAACCUGGACAAGGCUGCCCAGUAA